CAUUAUGCUGUAUACACUGUACAUAGAUCUACUUUUAUUAUCAGUUUUUUUUUAGCUUUGAAACCUGAUUUAUUAAUAUUUACAAUGGAUACAUCACAGUCCAUACAAAUGGAUCUAUUAAGUGAUAUUGCUGUUUCAAUUGAUGAACUGGAUUUUGAGAUUACAGAGAAUGAUGAAGAUAGAGGCAUGGCUAAUGCUCACUUGCAAAACUGUGCUGAUAUUUACCCAGAGGAUAAAAGAUGCAUCAUCACAGAUGAGAAAAUUACAGAAAGAGACAGUGAUGUGGACAGUAGUCAUUUGCCAUACUGUGCUGAUAUUAAUUUAGAAGACUUAACAUGUAUAAUCUCAGAUGAGAAAAAUACAGAGAUGUAUAGUGAUAGUGCAAGAGGCAUGGUUAAUAGCCAUUUGCAAUACUGUGCUGAUGUUGAUUUAGAAGAUUUAACAUGCAUAAUCUCAGAUGAGAUGGACAAAGUUGGAACUGAAAUAAUUGAAUGCCAUGCAGAAAAAGAAAAAAACUUUAAUGACAUUAAUCAUUUAGUAGAUGACAACGCAGAAUUUGAGGACUGUAAAAAAGAUUCUCUUUUUGAUUCUCUGAUAACAAAAAUGAAAAGUGAAAUGGAGGAUGAAUUAGAAGAUGAAUUUGAAUUUCCAGAGGUUUCAGUUCCUUCAGAAGUUAAGCAAAACAAUGUGUGUAGUUUACACACAAAUAUUAAUGCAGAAUUAGAGACUAUUAAUCAGCAGAAAACUGUCACAGUUGCAGAUAGUUAUGAAUCAAAAGGAGGUCCAGAUUUUACUUCAUCUCCUCAAAGAAUACAGGAGGACAGCGAUCAGUUUGAUUGCGUUACUGAGAAUGGAAACUUUAAAAGCUACAAUAAAAAUAUUAAUCAUGAAAAUCAAUUGACAGAGAUGCAGUUUGAAGAAAAUGGGGAAGCAACUAAUACAUAUCCAAGUGAAACAAAAAAUAAUGAAUGGGAAAAUAUUCAAACAAUUGAACCAGGUUUUGCAAAACCAGGCCAAAAUGUAACAGUUGCAGUUAGUGAAUCCAAGCCUUUAACUGUGUUUUCUGAAUGUUGGUCUCAUUUUACUUCUGUUGAUUAUGCAGGAAUCAGGGAACAUAUAAAAACUCAUGUUGAGAGGCGAGGAUUCUCCGCCUUUAUAAACUUACUCUUUGGACCCCCAAAACUACACAGAGAAUUAUUGCAACAGCGAGAUUUAGUGUUUUGUGUUGCUGCAACUCCAUUUGAUAAUGAGAAUGUAAAUCACAACCAAAUUCUACAAACAAUUUAUCGUUGCUUAACUGGUUCAAAGUUUGACUGUCAACGCUAUGGUAGUCAUUGGGAAGAAAUAGGAUUUCAAGGUAAUGAUCCAGCUACAGACCUUAGAGGCACUGGGAUGUUAGCUUUAGCACAGCUGCUUUUUUUCUUAAGAGACCAGAGAACUAAAGAUCUUGCAAGAGAUGUUUACAAGCUAUCUUUACAUCCUACACAAAACUUUCCUUUUUGUGUUAUGGGAAUAAAUCUAUCAAGGAUUUGUUUACAAGUUUUACGAGAAGAUUUAUACAAUAGGGAAUGCAAUAAGUGUGGUAAUGUGAUAGACACCCUGAACAGUGUUUAUGCAUGUCUGUUUCUUAAACUUUACAAUCUGUGGAAAAAGGGCAAAACAAUUGCUGAUUCUGGAUUUGUUAUUCGAGAUGUGGAGACAUAUUGUCGGAAAAAUUCAAAAACUUUGCUAAAAGAUUUAGAGAUCUACAUCAAAACUUCAAAAGAGCAUGGUUGUUUAGGAGAUCCAUCAACAGCUGAGUUAUCUUUCUUUAGUGUGUGCAAUCAAGAGGAUAAAAGAAACUCACAGUUGUAUUAAAUGUUUGUAUUUUGCUUAACUUAAAUGCAGAAAAAAUGAAACAUAAAACUUACAAUGCUGAUAAAUAUCUUUAAUUAUACAUUAGUAGAUGUACUUAAUGUAAAUAGCUUAUGAAAAUUAUGAAAUUUUCUUUGAGCUUUACCUUGCUGAGAAGAUAUUCUGUAAAGUAUUUCUUUAACUACAGAAAGUACAUUGUUCCUGUGAUGUAUUUGCUGAUGUCAUAAAUUUACAUCAGUUAUUGCAUUUAAGCAAUAUUUUGUCUGAAAAUAUGCAUAUAUCAGUAAUAAAUGUGAAACUAUAUAUACAAUUUAUACUUUAAGAUUAUGUAAACCACAUGAGCUGUGAUUUUCAUGUUAAUAUUUUGAAUUUCUUUCCACUUAAUGCCUACAGAAAUCAAGUGCUUAGACUAGAGUUAAAUGGCCUACAUAAAUUUUUACAAACCAUUUUUGGUUUUCAACACUGUUACGAUAUGUAAUUAAUUAAUUAUGUUUCUAGUAUUGUUUUAAAUAUUGUAUUUUAGUGUAGUUCUAUAUACUGUAUCUUAUUAUUCUUAUGACUAUAUUUAUUUUAAUCUAGUCAUUAGCCUAUAUUUGUAUUAAAUUGCAACAGUUGUUUAUCAAUUUACUACAUUGUAAAAAAAUUAUUUUGUGUGCUUUUUUUGUGUGGAACAUUUUUAAUUGCAUUACCAUUUUAUUCAUUAUCUAGGCUUUCUAUAUUUAUUACAGAAAAAGCAACACACCCAUAAUUCAACAUAGUAAGCCCUACAGGUAUAAAAAAACCAUUGAAUAGAAAUAUAUUAUAGUGAAUUAUCAUUGUCUGGUUGUUAAUGAAGCUUAAUUUUAAACAUAUUUUGGGGAGCAGCUUACAUCUCGUGGUCAUAGUGUAUAUUUAAGUCAGAGAGUGUGGCAUAGGAGGGAUUUUUAGGGGGAGAGGAAAUUUUUUUUUUAAAAUUCCAAAUAUAUACUUAAACAAAUAUUAGGUAAACAUAAGCUUUUUGACCUGACAGUCAUUAGGGCAGGUAAAGUAGAGUCUCAUUGACAUUGGAUAUAAAUAAAGGGAUACUGUGGUGGAUUCUAUACCAAGUCGCCAUUACUUCCCCAA